AUGCCGGCUGCGGUGGUGCCUGCCCUACUUUCUCGAGGUGGCAGCGGGGCAUUCGUCCUCUCAUCCGCCUUUUCACGGCGGAGGUCUCCGGCCCUCCCUGCCGCCGCCUUAUACCCCUUCGCCCGACCCCUGAGCGCCCUUCUCUUCCCCUCUCGCCCCUGCGGAAGGAGGGACCUUCAGAUUCGCUGCAUGGCCUCGUCCCCGGAGGAGACUGCCUCCUCCUCUGGGGGCACUAUAUUGGCCGUCGAGGAAGGCGCCGCCGCCGCUCCUCUGGCCGCCGACCCGGCAAGGGAGGCGGCUGGGCUGCUCGACAUCCGGGUGGGCCGGGUGCUGCGGGCAUGGCGCCACCCGGAGGCCGAGUCCCUCUUCGUGGAGGAGGUGGACGUGGGUGAGGCGGAGCCCCGGACCAUCUGCAGCGGCCUGGUGGGGUACGUUCCCUUGGAGGCCAUGCAGGAUGCGCGCGUGUUAGUGCUCGCCAACCUCAAACCCCGCAACAUGCGCGGGAUCAAGUCCAACGGGAUGCUACUGGCCGCCUCCGACGAGGCGCACGAGAAGGUGGAGCUGCUGGUGGCCCAGGAGGGGACCGUCCCCGGGGAGAGAGUCUGGUUCGGCGCUGAGGAUGACAAGGAUCGGCAGCCGGAGCCCGCGACGCCCAACCAGGUAGGUCUCUUCCUCGGAAGCCAUGAGACCGCAAUUUCCUCUUUUGAUUUGUCUGUGAUGAUGAACCUGGAAGGACAAUCUCAAUCUGUAGAAACUCUAGAAUUAAACUAAGAGACUCCAGUCCAAUUCAUGCUAUGUAGUAGUCCCCCGAGAAUCAAAUAGCUCUGUAAGUAGCUUGGGAUGUUCAAUAAUUAUCUAACCGAUUCGGCCAGACCCAAUUUUUUAAUCCAGAAACUCUCCUUACUUCGUCGAUAUGAUCAAGAACAGGGCCAGAGUCGGCCCUAGCUCAUCAGCCAUCUUACCCGUUCUGCCUUUUCCAAUAUUUGAGGGGGGAAAAAAGAAGCAUGGAUCAUUACCAUCUAAACUUCCGUGCUUCGUAACCCGACGGUCACCAUCUAUACAGCAAUAAGCUUGGAUCAUUACCCGGUGAUUGUUCAUCCUCAUGAAUCACGGUGUCGGUCGAACAUAAGGGUUUUCAGAUGACGAUGCCAUCCAUGGUCCCAUCACUGUGGAAGAUUAUUUCAAUCUGUCACCUAUUGCUGGGCAAUUCGAAACCCUUUGGAAACUCGGCGUGUUUGGUAGUCUGUGGAAGCCCAGUAUUGGAACACAAUGGACAUGGUCUGAUUCUUCGAUAAGGGAAAAAUGGCUUUAACAAAUGAGCAUAUACAGCUUCUGAUGAUGCGAUUUAACUGGAUCCGCCUACCGAACAUGAUAUUUCUUUUAGAUCAGGAAGUCUGUAGGACCUCUAUCAUGUUCUUCCCCCUCCCAAGAGGAAAAGAAAUACUUGUUUGAUUAGUCCAGGGACAACCUUUCUUCCCUGGUAAUCAUUCAUUAGUGUAGGUCAUAAAUUCCGAUCACACAAAAUUGAAUAAUUCUUGUGUUAUGCACCCAUGCGAUGGAAUCGAAUGCCAUACUAGGUGUCUAAAUCAGGAAGCUGUUACUUCAAUCUGGACGGGCUUCUUAGUUCAAAGAUUUGGAGUGGCGCAUCCAGCAUCGGUCAGUCAGCGCUAGUCCAUCUGAUCAAUCUCCCAGCGAAGGCCUUAGUCUUUUUCCUGAGGCGCAAUCAGACCUUUCCGUUGAUAAACAGGUCACAGUAGAAAGCAUUCCCUUGUGAACACAGAGGGAGUGGAAACCGUUCACAUCUUGCUGCCCUCCCGUCCCCUUUACUCUUAGAAACGUCAGCUUACCCGUCAAACACGAAGAGAGUUCUUUUGGUUUCCUUUUCCUUCAUCUUCUGGCCCUACGAUUGUUAAUAUUCAUGUUAAUAUAUGCGUUUUCGUGUGGGUGACUCCAUGGGGACGUGUGUAUCAGGUUCAGAAGAAGAAGAUUUGGGAAUCGGUGCAGGCGCAGCUCAAGACGAACGAGGAAUACGUAGCCGUGCUGGGAGAGCUGCCUAUGCUGACGUCACAAGGCCCCGUAGUGUGCGCUUCCCUGAAGAACGCCAGAAUAUCUUGA